GGAUGCAGUCAGAGCCGAGUCCCACGUUUCAGCCAGAGAGACAUCGAACUGUCUGUAACCAUUUGAAAACAGUCAAAACAUCUGGAGAAAUUUUCUUUUUUAGUUGUUUUUUCCUGCUAAGAAAAAAGUGCGCAGCGAUCACUCUGGAGUUGAUGAGAAAGUCAAGAAGUCCCGCUCAUGAGAGAGAGACCAGUGGAAUAUGAUUUAAAUCAACGGAACGUAUACGGCUCUGUUGUUCACUAACAGGAUGAAUCUCCGUUUGCUUCAUGCCAUCAUGUUGCUGUGGGCCUUGUGCCCCAGUGUGGAGGGCCAGUGUGAUAAAUCAACCGAAACAACCAAACUCAACCUGUCGGUUACCUACGAACUCCCAACAUUCAUUGCAGACUUCCCAAUCCAGAACAUGGUUAUGCUGGAUGGGAUCAUCUAUGUCGGUGCUGUGAACAGAAUCUACGCCCUCUCCCCCAACCUUACGAAGCUGUCAGAGUACCACACAGGCCCACUGCUUGCCAACGAGACUUGUGACCAGAAACUGACAACAACCGGCAAUAGUGGCAGGGUGGACAAUCACAACAUUGCCUUAGUGGUGGAGAACAUUUACGACAAGGGGCUGUACAGCUGUGGCUCAGCAGAUAAUGGUGUCUGCCGCCGUCACGUCCUGGAUGAUGACAUCAGCCCCAAAACUGUAGAUGAAGAAGUCUCCUGCUUCGCUGACAGGGUGAGGCAAAGCAGGGGUCACCCCAGCGACUCAGAUGUUGUCGUCAGCCCCUCUGGAUCUCAGGUGCUCAACGUGGAGAGCAACGUCAUCAAGUUUUUUGUUGGGAACUCAGAGAUCCCAGACCCAGGACACAUAUCCGGCAACGGAACUCAUCCCCACACCAUUUCUGUGCGGAAGAUGAAGACAAGCCAAAAUGGUUUCACUUUCUUCUCCAACUCCUCACACAUGGACCUGAUUCCAUCUCUCCGUGGAAACUACUACCUGCGUUACGUUUAUUCCUUCCACAGUGGCCCCUUCACCUACUUCCUCACCGUGCAGCAGGUCAGUAAGGACUCUCAGGCCUACCACACCCGCAUCGUCCGCAUGUGCUCCUCAGACCUAGUGAUUCGACGCUAUAUCGAAAUGCCCCUUGAGUGCAUCAGCACCGAUAAGAGGCGGCGACGCUCGGCAGAAGAUGUGAAGGUGUUCAACAUCCUGCAGGCAGCACAUGUCACCAAGGUGGGCAAUGAUGUGGAACUGCAGAAGCAGCUGAAGGUGGAGGAGGGUGAUGACGUGCUGUUUGCCGCCUUUGCCCGGGGAAAGCCAAACUCACCGGAACCGACCGCAAACUCAGCUGUGUGCGUCAUGUCGCUGAAGCACAUCAACAACAUGUUCAAGAUGUACAUGCAGAGGUGCGGCACAGUCGAGCCAUAUCACUUCACUGGAUCAGACAGGAAGUCCUGCUACAAUGUGAGUUUAUCUGACGACUGUGACCUACACGAAGGAAUCCAUGAGGGGAAAGAGGGGAAGUACCGCCUGCAGGUGACCCAGUUUGUCCAGAGGUUGGAGUACUGGCACAAAGACUUGACAAACACCUUGGUUACCUCAAUUACUGUGGUGCCAGUCCAUGGCCGCGCCGUAGCAUACCUAGGAACCGCAGAUGGACGCCACAUACAGGUGCUGUUCUCCAGAUUUGCCUCUCCCCAUGUCAACAUCAGCUUGGACUCGAGACCCGUCUCUGCCAGCGUAGCGCUGCUGGACUCUGGCCACACAAAUGGAGCCCUGCUAAUGGCCACAGGGAACAAGAUCACCAAGGUCCCCCUGAUUGGCCCCGGCUGUGGUCAGCUGACGACGUGUGCUUCCUGUUUAAUGUCAUCGAGAGUGACAGCAUGUGGCUGGUGUGAUGGACGCUGCACCAGAGCGAACCAGUGUCCCUCCCCCUCCGUCUGGACCCAGGACUACUGCACACCUGUCAUCACCAAGGUUUUCCAAACUUCUGGGGUCUGUACGAUGCGAGGCUCUACAGCAGUGACAAUCUGCGGACGCAACUUCGGCUUCGACAAGACAGAGAGAUUCAAGACCUCACUGGUGACUGUGGAGGUGGCGGGAGCUCCCUGCAAAAUGCCCAGACAAGAAAACAUCAACAGGUGGACUGAGAUCCAGUGUUCCCCAGUGUUCAUUGGGAACUUCACCCCGUCAGGACACACAGUGAAGGUCACCAGUGGCAACAAAGUGGAGAUGGAGGGUUUCCAGUUGGUGUGGACCCUGUGAUCCAUGAAUCUUCCAACUUUUGGGCCAAAGUCUGGAAACACCAUGCUGACUAUCAGAGGAGUGUUUCUGGAUGCUGGAAACAAGCAACAGGUGACUGUGGGGAAGGCAGUCCUGUAAAAUCCAGAGCCUGUCGUCACCAUGCUGACCUGUAAGACGCCUCCACAUAGUGUUCCAUCAGAGCAACCUGUGAAGCUGACUGUGGUUGUGGAGCACCAUGCCCUGUGUUGCUUCACCUACAACCAAGACCCCAUCAUCAACAAUCCAGCCUUACGCUCCUUGUGAGCGGAGGCUUGCACGGUGUCGGCUCACGGCUUAUUCCUCCUCGGCCUCCAGCCCCAGAUGGUUCUCACCACUGGUCAGGAUGCUGAGGUCUUCCAUGUGAGCUGUGUGUAUGGUGAAAAUCGAACCUCCAUCCAGUGCACCACGCCCUCUCUCGCCAAACUGGCCCUACAGCCACCAGUGGUCACCAAGGUGGCGUUUGUCCUGGACGGCUACUCCACAGAGCAAUGGGACCUGAUCUACGUGGAGGAUCCCCUUUUCCAGGACCCUAAGUUGACCUCCAAGGACAACAAGAGCAUAGUGGAGCUCAAAGGUGAUCGUAUGGACAGGGAGGCGAUGAAAUGUCAAGUCCUGACAGUUUCCAACCACAGCUGUGAGAGUCUGACUUUGGUAGGGAACACUCUGGAGUGCACUGUUCCCACUGAGCUGCAGGCCGCCACCGCCAAGGAGCUGCAGGUGGAGUGGCGCCAGGCAGACUCCAUCAGGCAUCUGGGCAAAGUGACGCUGGCACAGGAGCAGGACUACACGGGCCUCAUCGUGGGCUGCGUGUGCGUCAGCCUACUGUUGCUGCUGCUGGGAACGCUGCUGAUGUGGAGGAGGAACAAACACAUUGAUGAUCUGUCUGAGGUGUGGUAUGAUGGCCGGGGUCACAUCCAGCAUCUGGACAGGCUGGCUAAUGCGAGGAGCGUCAGCCCCACAAACGAAAUGGUCUCCCACGAGUCAGUCGACUAUAGAACAACCCUGCUGGAGGAUCAGGGCACUGACAGGCCCGAGACAUGCCGGGGCGCUCCUCCCAUCUACGGCGGCAACGGAGAGCUGCUGUCUCCCAGACUGGGGGCACUGGGAGGUGGGAUGAGUCUGAUGAUGGAAGGUGAGCUGAUGUCACCCCUGCUGAUGGCCCCGGUCCACAUCGACCCGUCCUGUCUCCACCCAGACCUGCUGACUGAGGUGCAGCAUGUGGUGAUCGCCAGGGAGCAGCUGCUGCUCCACCUCAACCAGGUCAUCGGCAGAGGCCACUUCGGCUGUGUUUUCCAUGGAACACUGCUUGAGCCAGACGGGCAGAAGCAGCACUGUGCCGUCAAGUCCCUGAACCGUAUCACAGACUUGGAAGAAGUGUCUCAGUUCCUAAAGGAGGGGAUCAUCAUGAAGGACUUUAGCCAUCCCAACGUUCUCUCUCUGCUGGGUAUCUGCCUUCCACCAGAGGGCUCGCCUCUGAUGGUUCUGCCCUACAUGAAGCAUGGCGACCUACGCAACUUCAUCCGUGAUGAGGGACAUAACCCGACAGUGAAGGACCUGAUGGGUUUUGGGCUGCAGGUUGCCAGAGGGAUGGAGUAUCUGGCCAGCAAGAAGUUUGUCCACAGAGACCUGGCUGCCAGGAACUGCAUGCUGGAUGAGAGCUACACAGUGAAGGUGGCAGACUUUGGCCUGGCUAGAGACGUGUAUGACAAAGAGUAUUACAGCGUCCACAACAAGAGCGGAGUCAAGCUGCCUGUGAAAUGGAUGGCUCUGGAAAGUCUACAGACCCACAAGUUCACCACCAAGUCAGACGUGUGGUCGUUUGGCGUGUUGCUAUGGGAACUGAUGACCCGUGGAGCCCCACCAUAUUCUGAUGUGAACUCCUUUGACAUCACAGUGUUCCUCCUGCAGGGGAGGAGGCUGCUGCAGCCAGAGUUCUGCCCUGAUGCUCUCUACACAGUGAUGAUCGAGUGCUGGCAUCCAAAGCCGGAGCGGCGGCCCUCAUUCUCUGACCUGGUGUCACGCAUCUCCGCCAUCUUUUCCAGCUUCAGUGGGGAGCACUACAUCCUGCUCAACACCACCUACGUCAACAUCGACAAAAUGAGCCCUUACCCCUCCCUCCUCGCCUCCACCGCCUCUUCCUCCUCCUCGUCCUCCUCUUCCGAGCCCUCUGCCUCCACGUCCCUGCCGUCCCCCUCCACGCUCUUUUGUCAUGUGGAGCGAGACUGCUGCACCUGAGGGAAGAAAAAGGAGAAGGUGAUGAAAGGCAAGAGGGGAAAGACUCAGAUAGAGAGAAAAAGCUAGGAAGAAAAUGCAGGGUGAUGAAGCUGUUUGAGAUCUACUGUAUGUACUUGCCAAACACUGGACACUGCAUGCUGAGGAAAAAACACAGUCGGACUUAGCAGCUUGGACUGCUCUCUCAGUGUACAUAGAUUGUGGACCUUUGAUCUUCUCGAGCAUCGCCCAACGAUGGGGGCCUCCAUGAACUAUAGGGCUGACCUCAUCGACUUCCACCAACCUUUCUGACCUUUCAUUGACUCUGAGGAGCAUGAGGUCAGACUUCCUGCGUCCUCUACAAGCCAAUUACAAGACCCAGGAACGCCUCCUGCAAGACUUCCAGCAGACGGCACUGCUGUCACAGAAGCACAUCUCUCUGCACCCACACAUGGAGAGGAUAAAUUUUCACUCUUCUCUGGGUGGCAUGUGCUUCAGAAAGCGGAUGUGACUCUGACUUUUAUGCUGUCUGUAAUGUGAAAGUGUGACAAAUGGCCAUGUAAAAAAUUCACACCUCCACAAACCAUAAACAAGACUCGAUGUCACCCUGACAGACAAUGCAGCCUGCGAUGAUAGAUUUUGGUGCCUCAGGUGAGUAAACUGAGGCACGCUGGAGGUUGAUGGCAGUAGGUAGGUGUAAAAGUGGGAUGUAUAAAAAAGCUGCUGCCUCUGUGCAGAUCACUGGAUGCUUUAGUUGUAUAAUUAUCUUAAAAUAAUUAGCGUUUGAUGUUAGCUUUUGAUGUGCUUGGAAAAAAUGACUCACAUUUGUGGAAUCCCCAGAUGUUUCCGAGUGAAAAGAGUUAGAAGCGCCUUUUAUUUUCUUUCUUUUUUUUAAAACUUUUCAUCGUGUCAGAAAACACGACAAUUCUCGCAGUUGAAAACUUUGAGGUUUUCUUGGAAAGAAAGAUAACAAAGAAGAACCAUGUCCAAAGAAUUUUUUUGUUGCUUAGUUAAUGAACUGUGCAGUUUGCUUUCUGUGUAUAUGUCAGAUCUGCAUCUGUUUUGUAUGACUUGAGAACAUGCUGGGCCUGGUGAUGUGGGAGCUUACAUUUGAUUCAUUUAACCCAUACGCUUUCAUAUUUGUAUGAAUAAGUAACUUUUGACCCACCUUGUGUUGUACCAUGAAGAUUCCACUCAGAGUAAAACUUUGGCUUUAAAGGGCCCCGUUGUUCAUCUGGUUUCAGACCAGGAUUGUGUUACUAGGUGACAGUCAGUGACAGCUGUAUAUUACUGUAUCUUUAUGUCGACUUUGCAGUCAUGAUGAAGAAAUGCGUUAAAGACCACAUUGGUGUGUUUGGCAACUUUUGCUUCCUAACUACAAAUCAUUUAUAACACACUAAUGGGGAUUUGUUUUGAAAAGACUUCAAAUUUGAAGGUGAUCAUUAACUUUAAUUCAUUUCACCAUAAUUGAAAUUUUCCUGAGUUGUGUGAUCCACCAUAAUGAAUCACAUUUUUUUCUGUUAGAUUAUAUGUUUUUGUUACAUUUAAUACAUGUAAUAUACUACUUUGCACUGCCGAGAUGUGCCUGUUGAUCAUUGUCAACCACUGAAAACAGAAGAGACAAAUGUCUAUGUGCAGAAGCACCCGAGGAUUUACAUUUGGUGGAAUUAAGGCCACAUUUGUUCAUGAAUUAUAUUUAAAAAAAUCCUCAUCAGGCCCAGUAAUGUGCUCCUAUAUAUGAAUUUCAUGUUUGUGAUGAUUAGAAAAUGAUAGGAAGUAGUACAUUUACAUGGUACAUUUUCUGUAUAUGUGAUGGAUUACACAAUUCAAGAAAUUUUCAGGAGACUGAUUUUCAUAUUGUAUUGAAAUGAAUGGAAAUUAUUUACUACUUAAAAAAUAUAGAAAACACACAAGCUCACCAGUUUGAUUAAAAAAGUGGUUUUGCUGUGACUUAAAGUAAACAUAAUUCAACACAAAUUGGCUAAAACUUGCAAAUCACUCAAUGUGUGGUCAAUGCCCCCGUUAUCUUUGCUUUGUGUAGCAGAUUAUGUUGUUGUUUUUUUUAUCUGAAUGGCUGCUGAUGUGAUUGGGCCAUUGAUGGACAGGUAUGAAUGUUUGCUAUGACAAGAAAAUUGCUGUACUAUAUUUUUGUAUUGAUGAUGAGCCUCUUCUUGAAAUAUGGUCCAAUGGGAAGACCAGUGGUGAGUGAAUCAUGAGGCAAACACUGAACAAAACCACUAAUCAGCCCUUUGUUUUCAAGACGAACCACUGCCAUUUUGUAAAUAGUGAGAUGGGAGCGUAGGGAUCUGCGUGGGUCUGUGUGGAUGCUCAUUCAGCUUCUGAUCAUUGUGGAAACAGUAAAGAAUGUUGAGCCAACUGGAGCCACCUCACGAUACUCAAAGACUGCUGUCACUUUGAUUAUGUGAUUCUCCAACACUUUGUCUGUGCUUAACACUGCCCGUUCUGUGUGUGUACGUAUGAGUUUGUUGUCUGUAAAAAAAUCCUGAAGGUACAUGUUGCUAUGUAAUGUCAAAUGAACUUUAUCAGUGUAAUAAAGCUAUACUACAAGAGUUAA